ACUCAACUCCAGCUCGUGCGGAACGGACUUCCUGAGCUCACGGCCCUUCAUACAAUCUUUUCUUCAUUUGUGCGUGAGCAUGGGAGCUACACACACGCAGUGGGGCACCUGGGUCGGAAAAACGGGGCUGAGGAGCCAGGCACAGGGCCAGAGAAUGGGGUGAUGAGGACUCUCAAUGCAGAUGACCAGUGAUGGCCACAGCAUCACCUCAACAUUUGUUGGAUGAAGUAAUAAACACCGGCCAGCCACAGGAACAUCAGCAGCAGCAGCAGGAAUUCCUUACGUCACUGGAAACAGUUGUCCUCACCAUCUUUCUGUCCAUCAUUAUUGUCAUGACAGUGUUUGGAAACCUGCUGGUAAUGGUUGCACUCUGUAAGGACAGACAUCUACGAAAAAAGAAGACCAACUACUUCAUUGUGUCGUUGGCGUUUGCUGACUUGCUGGUUGCAGUGGUGGUGAUGCCCUUUGCAGCAAUCGAGCUGACCACUGGGCAGUGGCGUUAUGGAGAGAUUUUCUGCCUGGUACGAACCUCUCUGGACGUCCUGCUGACUACAGCAUCCAUCCUGCACCUCUGCUGCAUUGCACUGGACAGGUAUUACGCUAUCUGCUGCCAGCCGCUGGUCUACAGGCACAAGAUGACUCCCAUCAGAGUGGCAGCAAUGCUCAGUGGCUGCUGGCUCAUCCCUACAUUCAUCUCCUUUCUACCCAUAAUGCAAAGCUGGAAUGCAAUCGGCAUUGAAGACAUUAUUGAAGAGAGGAGAGCUAUUGCAGGAGGCUCCAACGACACAAGCUGUGUGUUUCUGGUCAACCGGCCAUACGCCCUGAUCUGCUCGGCUGUGGCCUUCUACGUCCCGUUAGCUCUCAUGGUCCUGGCCUACCAGCGUAUCUACGUCACCGCCAUGACCCAUGUGCGGCAGAUUGAGACACUUCAGCGGGCCGGCUCUGCUCCUGUUCCUGGGACAGUUCCAGUGAUCACAGUGAGAUCCUCUACUUCCUCAGAUCCAAUGGAGCACUACCGCUGUAGGACACCUAUGGGCUCCUCCCAUUCAGAGCAUGCUCCCAUGGCGAAUAGCCGCAUGCGUGUUGAGACUAAGGCAGCAAAGACGCUGGCAGUCAUAAUGGGUUGUUUCUGCCUAUGUUGGGCACCAUUCUUUAUCACAAACGUGGUGGAUCCCUUCAUCCAUUACUCCGUCCCCUGGCAGCUGUGGACAGCGUGGCUAUGGCUUGGGUACAUUAACUCAGGGUUGAACCCCUUCCUGUAUGCAUUUUUGAACCGGGCUUUUCGGAGGGCAUUUCUGGUGAUUCUUUGCUGUGGUGAUGAGCGGUACGCACGGCAGACAAGCUGCUCUUAUGGACAUGCCAACAGAGCAUGCUCAGCCGCAUCAGCCAAUGGGACAUCUAUGGCAUUAAGAUUGUCCUUCCUGCCGAACCGCAGCUACAGUGACAAUGGUCGAACAAUACUGGCCAAUGAACACGAGUCCCAGGACUCUCUUGGACCACUAUGAGGCUGACUGGACAGAUUUGUGAUGUCAUCAGCUGCCGUGAGAAACCUUCUGGUUAGCCUCUGUGAUCUGAACAGCCUACUGUGAAUGACCUGAUCCAGCACCAACAUAAGAGAACUUUUUAUGUAUGUAGAUGCUAAUGAGGGUCAUGUAAAGGUCAGAGGCACCAUUGUUUGGCGUCUGACGUGCAGGAAGUCCAUUUUAACUCUUGAUGAUUCUAAAGGAGAACCUGAAAUGUAUUGAGUUUCUGUACUGGUUGAGAAGUACUUAUGAACUGAUACUUAUUGAAGCACACUGCCAACAUGCUGGAUGUCCAGGAUUCUGUUUUUUAGACUGGAGGACCUGAUCCUCUCUGUGGGGUUUCUGGAUCACACAAUGUAGUGAUCAAAGCAACAUUCCAGUGCCACAAAUCUAACAAAACUACAACAGACUGUGAGCAGAAAUCUGCAUAACAUGAUGGAAAAGCAAAGGGCAUCAUGUCUUUAAACAUUUCAUCAUGACUUCUUCUUGGCUUUCUUGGCACUUUGUUGUAAAACCAGAAGAUGACAUUUCAGAGCUAAUUUGCAGCUGCACAUACAGCUGGCCACAGGUCCUUUUAAAUAAGAGUUCAGUGCAUUUUGCUGCGCUCUCAUGAGAUGAAUGUUACGUCAAAAGUGGACUUUUUUAUUCCUAUAUGUUUCAGCUUUAGUUUUGCAGCACCAAAGGUUCAUAGGAUGGGAUAUCAGAGGUUUGUAAUGAAGCACAACUUCAUGUAAACUGUUCUGUCAUCAAUCAUUGUGAUGGAAAACUUUUACAAACCUUUCAUGGCACAUAGAAUAAUGUUGCACUUACCUGUCUGAGUUAAAGGUUUUACAUCUUUUAUAGUGAUGCCUUGUUGCUUUUAUAGAGCAGCAUGGUGGAGGUGAUCAAUCCCAUUUAUGGACAUCACUGUCAGACUGCAAUAAACCACAGUGGCAGUGGUAAAUUAGCUUUAAAUAAUUUAGAAUACAGCACAAACAGUGAUCGUGCAAACAUAAACAGAUACAUGUGUCCUACAUGUUUCAUACAUUGUACAUGGAUCACAUAAAGUUCUGAGACAAAAUGUUUUGAUAUGAGCAGAGGUGAUGUGUCAUUUGAAGUUUGGUCCUCAAGCUUUUCUUGUUUGUUCUGCAUCUAUUUAUUUUCCUUUAACCACUAACUUUGAUAUUUCUCUCCACAAAUAUUGUCCAGCUGAGGUCAUUAAAAUACAACACAUUCACUGUUGAUGAUUUAGGUCUAAUGUUCAUACUAUUUCUGUUCAAAAAUACAGACUCUAAAUAUGAAGAUGGGCACAUUUCACAGUUUUUAAGCUCUAACAUAAGUCAUUUUGAUUUUGAAAUUGGUUACUUUUUCCCUGAUAUGUUCUCCAGAACAGCUUCUCUUAGUUGCUGUAUUCACAAAAUAGAGGCAGAAGGUUUUGAGAUUUAUAGAUUAUGUUUCCACCCAAAUUAAGAAAAUGACACCAGAAGCCAGUGUUGGGAAGGAACACAGAAUAAGUACAAAAUGGCCAAAAGCUUCAACACUUCAACUGGGUAUAGGACUGCAGAACUAUUUCCCUCUGUAGGUUUGGCAGCUCUCAACUCUCCUUAAAUGUUUGAUGCUACUUUACAUAUCUGCACAGCUUCUCUCCAUCCAUCAGAACACAUUUAAGAGAUCAACACAGAGGUGUGAAACCAACUCAGCUGCCUUCUUUCUGUCAUCACUGAUAUUUGCAUUUCAUCUGUUCUCUGAUAUCCACCUCAAAAAACAACAGUUCACUCAUUAUCUGUAGGUUUGAUUUUCAAUGCACAACCCCAGAGUCUGGCUUCAAACAUGACAAGCUAAAGAAACAUUCUGUCAGUGUGACAGCUUUUGAUAGUCCACUGUUAGUGUUUCAUUUUUAUUUUCUGUGAUGAAGAUGAUAAAUAAACAGAGACUUUGACUAUGAA